GUGUAGGUCCAGCCUCCGCGGGAUCCCGGGCCUGGCGUCUGUGGUUACCGCACGCACGCACGUACGCACGCACACUGCGCCCAGAAUGAGGGUCGCGGCCCUGAUCAGUGGUGGGAAGGACAGCUGUUACAACAUGAUGCAGUGCAUUGCUGAGGGGCAUCAAAUUGUUGCAUUAGCAAAUCUAAGACCAGAUGAAAACCAAGUGGAGUCAGAUGAACUGGAUAGCUAUAUGUAUCAGACAGUGGGUCACCAUGCCAUUGACUUGUAUGCUGAAGCAAUGGCGCUGCCCCUGUACCGCAGAACCAUCAGAGGAAGGAGCUUGGAGACAGGAAGAGUUUAUACCCAACGUGAAGGUGAUGAGGUUGAAGAUCUCUAUGAACUGCUGAAACUUGUUAAGGAAAAAGAAGAAAUCGAAGGGGUAUCAGUAGGUGCUAUACUCUCUGACUAUCAACGUGGACGAGUAGAAAAUGUAUGUAAACGACUCAAUCUCCAGCCUUUAGCUUAUCUUUGGCAGAGAAACCAGGAAGAUUUGCUCCGAGAGAUGAUAGCUUCUAAUAUCAAGGCCAUUAUCAUCAAAGUAGCAGCUUUGGGCUUAGAUCCUGAUAAGCAUCUUGGGAAAACCCUGGUUGAAAUGGAGCCUUAUCUUUUAGAGCUUUCUAAGAAGUACGGUGUCCACGUGUGUGGAGAAGGUGGAGAGUAUGAGACAUUCACGUUGGACUGCCCUCUGUUCAAAAAGAAGAUUGUUGUGGACUCUUCAGAAGCAGUCAUCCACUCAGCGGAUGCAUUCGCACCUGUGGCUUAUCUGCGGCUCUCCCGGCUGCACUUGGAAGAGAAGGUGUCGUCAGUAUCUGCGGAUGAUGAAACAGCUAACUCUAUACACAGUUCUUAACAUUUAUGCUGCAUUUUAAAAUUAUUAUGACCUAUAUUUCUUACUACAUUUUUUUUACUUCUUUAAAAAAAUAUAUAUUGGGACUGUUGAAUAACUGGAAGAAUUUCAGUGAACUCUUCUCUGAUAUUGCCAAUUUCUUCAACUUACUUUCUUUAAAAAAAAUAAUUCAUUUUUUAAAUUCUUAUUAGAUUAUUAUUAUACCACCCACACUUUCCUCAAAACCCUACAAUAUAUGCACCCACACACACACUCCUUUUCCAAUUUAUGGGCACAGUUUUCAUUAGUGUUGUUAUACAUCUCUCUUUCUCUCUCUCUCUCUCUCUCUUUCUCUCUCUCUCA